CCAUCUCUUUCUUCAUUAGAGGCUCUCUGGCUUCCCUAUCAAGCUGCUGAAUAUCACAUCCGGGUUAGUAGGGGUCGCGUGAGGGUUGCUCAACAGAAACAUGUUGUUGCGUAGAGUCUUACAAUGUGGAGUUCCUGCACUCAAAGUCAGUCGGUCCAUUCAUCAGAGCGCGCCAUGGAGAAGUCCACUUAUACCAAUAGUUGUGGAGCAGACGGGCAGAGGAGAGCGUGCGUACGACAUCUACUCAAGGCUGCUUCGAGAGAGAAUCAUUUGUGUUAUGGGUCCAAUCGAUGACUCUGUAGCUUCCCUAGUUAUCGCUCAGCUGCUCUUUCUCCAGUCUGAGAGCAACAACAAGCCCAUACACAUGUACAUCAACAGUCCUGGGGGUGUGGUCACGGCUGGACUCGCGAUCUAUGACACUAUGCAGUACAUCUUAAAUCCCAUAUCUACGUGGUGUGUGGGUCAGGCCGCCAGUAUGGGCAGCCUGCUUCUGGCCGCAGGAACCGCAGGCAUGAGGCAUUCCCUGCCCAAUGCCCGAAUCAUGGUGCACCAGCCCUCUGGUGGAGCAAGGGGGCAAGCAACAGAUAUUGCCAUACAGGCUGAGGAGAUUCUCAAGCUUAAAAGACAGAUCAACAACAUCUAUUGUAAACACACGGGGCAGCUUUUGGAGACUAUAGAGAGCGUGAUGGAGAGAGACCGCUACAUGAGCCCAAUGGAAGCGCAGGAUUUCGGGAUCAUUGACAAAGUCCUGGUUCAUCCACCACAGGCUGGGCAGGAUGAGCCAGAACUUAUUCAGAAAGAGCCCACAAGCCCUGCAAGCGCAUCCACCUCCCCUCAACCUCAAGCCUCUGAGCCGGGUCAAUCCGGAAACAACCUUGCCUCCUCAUACAAGCCCGAGCCCUGAAAUAGACUCCCAGCAGGAGCGAGUGAACUACUGCAUCACUGGUUCAGUGUCUGUUUUGGCAGGUGUUUGAAGGGACGGUCACCAGCUCACACGUCAUAUCUGAACCUUGUGACCUUCUUUUUGUACCUUUUUUUUUUUUUUUUUUUUUUUAAAUCUAAGCUUAGUCCUGAGACACUAAUGGAAUCUGGGCUUUAAAGAUGCAAAUGUAAAGAUACUCAGUCUAGGCCUUAUAUUUGUAUACUGUACAAAUAUAGGUAUCUUUAGCAAGAAUUAGGUUCAUGGGAACAUGAGAACACCGGGUUUGAAGCCUAUUAUUUUGAUGGAGUGUGUGUUAUAAAUGUGCCCGUUGUUUAAUAUAAUCCAGGUCAAAACAAUUUAAAUCCAGAGAUUUUAUAGAUAAAUAUUCAAAUAAAUAAUUGGCUAAUUAAGGGUGGUUUUCCUGUCUUUUUAACUUUUCAAUCUAAAUAAUUUCCCAAAAGUCAAAAACACUUGGGACUGCAUGAAAUAAUAUAAAAAAAAAAUUCACAAGUACGCAUUGAUUUGAUAAGCAGUUCCAAAAUGUCUAUUUCAAAUAAACAGUGUUCUUUGGAGCUUUCUAUUCAACAAGAAUCAUUAAAAAAAUGGACCAUGAGUUCUGCAAGUAUAAAACAGCACAGCUUAACAUGCUUAUUAUCUGUAUAUUAAUAUCUGUGUAUUAGAAGGAUUUCUGAAGGAUCAUGUGACGCUGCAGCCUAGAGCAAUAGAAUGAAUUAGAUUUUAACAUAUACUCAAAUAGAAAACAAAAACAGUUGUAAUAAUCAUACUAUUUUACUGUAUUUUUGACCAAAUUAAUCCACGCUUUAUGAGCAUAGGAUACCUUUUGAAAAUAUUUCUACAAACCCCAAGCUAUUAAAACAGUAAUGUAUGCCAAAAUAAUUUACACAAUAUGAUGUAUGUGAUGCUAUUUCCCCAUAGUCCAUGGUUGGUAUGGAAACCAGAUUGUGUGUUUUUGAGCUGUUUCUUAAACCAAAAAAAAAAAUGCAUUUAUAAUAAUAUAAAUAAAUAAUCAAACACUUGUUUUCUGCGGGGGCAAA